CAUGCAUUUUAUUGCCGGUAUAUAAAACCCGUCGAGACCACGUGACUUCCUUUCCGAACGAAGCUGAAAUCAUGGAUGCCAGCCGCGUGCAGCCCAUCAAGCUCGCCAGAGUUACAAAAGUGCUGGGAAGAACUGGCUCGCAGGGACAGUGUACCCAGGUACGCGUUGAGUUCAUGGAUGACAGCAACAGAUCCAUCAUCAGGAACGUGAAGGGCCCGGUUAGAGAAGGAGAUGUCCUGACACUUCUGGAGUCUGAAAGAGAGGCCAGGAGGCUUCGCUAGCAGGGCACAUGUGAAGACCUGCAGUGGCCAAACCAAUACUUGUGGAGAGCUUCAACAUCAGCUCUACAGUUGGCAGUUAAAUGUCAUAUUGUGUGCGCAGUUCGAAAUAAAAUGUUUUGUGAAUAA